ACCUGUGGUAGAUGGUGUUGGCUUGGUAUUCCUUAUAGACAUGGAGGCAGAGGCAGAGGCGGUGGAGGAGGAUAGAGACGUCCAAAUUAGAAUUGAAAUCGAAAAAUUAACCACUGUUGGAAAAUUAGACACAAUCUUAAACUUAAUAAAACAAGAAGUAAAAGAAUGUUUAAAAUUACUUGGAAUCCCUUUUCAAACUGGUGAUAGUUUGAUCUCUAUGCUUAAAAAAUUAGUAAAAGCUUGUGAAGAAAUUGGAAUAACCGGUCCUGUUCAAGAGAUGUUAUUAAAAUAUCUAAAAAUGUUGGAUCCUAAAACUAAAAUAAAUGAUCCUAAAUCGUUUAAUAGAAAAUUAGGAGAAAGUAUGGAUGCUUUGCUGAAAGCUUGUUAUGAAAACAGUAGAGAUAUUUUAAACAAAGAACGAUUUGAAAAUAGAUCUGAGAUUAGUUUUGUAAGAAAAUUAAUAAGAUGUCAUUACUACAUGGUUGGGAAAAGCAACCCAUUGAGUGUGAAAACGAUGGCUGAUAAUUUUUUUAAAAUAACUGAUUUAGAAAGUGAAAAAAUGUUUAACAGAAAAAUAUGGAAAAAUAUUAUUAAAAAAGAAUAUGACUUGUUUCCUACUUUUAAUCCUAAACAUAACUAUAUUAAUGUAUUAUUAAAAGAUGCAAGUAACA